AUACAAACUGGCCCAAAAGCCCAAACAUCUCAACAGUCAACACCUUCUGCUUCAGUCUCUCUGUAAUUUGGAUCAAACGCUAAAACCCUAGAGAAUAAACACCAGACAUUCCCUUCACUUUUCAAUUUUAAACACCGAAACAAUUUAACACAAAAUAUAGAUAAAUAAGAAAAAUCAGAGCUCAAAUGGAAGGUGGGGUUGGUGGUAAUGGAAAUGAGAGGGAAGAGGAACAAGACGGCAUGUCCGUCCAUUCUCCAUGCAAAGCUCCUCCUUCCUCUGCUUCCUCUCUCCCCAAGGAGCAAUCACAGGUGGAAUUGGAGCUAAGACUUUUAGAAGGACUUGAAAUUUAUCCUCCAGUCAAACUAAGAGGCAUGCAUCGCCACUUUGUACUUUAUGGUUUGAUGGAAUUUCUUCGGAGAAGCUUUGAUCGACAAUUUUCUCCGGAUGAGGUUUUGCAGUUGCUGGACUGUUUCUACAACAUUGAAAUGCUGAAACCAGAUGACGAAGAAGCAGAAAUUCUGAAUCACGAGGAAGAUUUUUCCUUGCCCCAAAAUUAUUUUGUCAAGGAAGAGUGAAAUAGACAGUUUUGAUCUACAUCUUCCCUUUAGGACUCCUCACAACAAUCCUGGUUGCGAGCAUUUUUCUCCAUCAUAUUUGAGAGGAAGUCAAUGUUGCUCGGAAUCUCUAGAAGGACAUUGUGAACGAUCCUUUUUAUUUUAUUUCUUUUUUCUUCAUGGCUCGUCUAGCAAGAUAAAUAUGUAAAUGCUGGUUAAUAUAGUGCCAUCUACCUUCUUAGCCACUAUCA